UAUUUAAUAAGUAUGCUCUGUCAACCAGGCUGUGGAGAUAGGAGAAAGCGAACCCUUCCAGCGCUAUCGCAGUCGUUUGGUGCGCAGUCCCAUCCCUGGCUGUGAGACAAUGCGCUUUGCCUCUGACGAGUACUGGGCAUGCGCUGUUCGACAUUUCACCACAAACCUGCACCAUCAGGUGGGCACGUGCAAGAUGGGACCUGCCGAUGAUCCAGAGGCGGUGGUAGACCCCAGACUACGGGUGUACGGUGUCAGCAACCUCCGGGUGGUGGACGCCAGCAUCAUGCCCGUCAUCCCCACAGGCCACACCAAUGCCAUCAUCUUCAUGAUCGGAGAGAAGGCAGCGGACAUGAUCAAACAGGACUGGUUCAACAGCAAGCGCCGGCGUAGCUAUGGUCGAGGCCGGUAGAUGCUACUCACUGUGAUAAACUUCAGCUUCUACGAUUUCAUUUUUUUAUUCAGCCUAAAUGUACCAUAAAUAUCUCCCACUAUUGUGAAGAAAUGCGCAUUAGAAAUAUUUCUCAAUUCUUCAUAGAUAUGGUACUGGAUUCGUAACUCUUGGAUUAUAGAUUUAUCACAAUUUUAAUUACGGCAUCGACGUGUGAUAACUUAUAUUUUAAGUGCCACUAUAAUUAUAUUCAAUUAGUUCCAUGCUUUAAUUUGUAAGCGACUGCUUCAUUCAAAACAUUGUCAGAAAAAUCGUGUGAACUUAGAAAACGAUAGGAUCCGAGUUAGACUAAAACCAUGCAGCACUUUGUUUCUAUCUUUUUAUAUUGUAUUUGUGAAAAGAAUCCAUUUAUACAUUGUAUUCCAACAUAGUAUAUUUGUAGUCCUCAAUAACAACCAAGAAUUAACUUUUUUAUGCCUAUAGAAGAACAUAAUAUCAUUUACUUUGCAUUUAUAAACAUUAUAAGAGUACAGAUUUAAAUAACACUUACAAUAGUUCUUUGUUAACUUUAAUUAUUGACGAUGGAUGGUUUGAAAGAAUAACAGGGUUUCGGACAUUUGCCAUGUUACAAAAAAAAAGCACUGCGUUUCUAUUAUUUGUGGUCUGUUGUCAAGUUCAUCGCAACACAUUGAUUAGUUGUUAGAUGUUUGUGCUUGUUUACCUUAUUGUUUAAGGUUUUUUGGCACCUAAAGGAGAGGAUACAUUCCAAUCCUUGAAACGCUGUGUUAUAUUUAUGUAACAUACAACGCAACAAAUGUCCGAAAUCUUGUUAUUCUUAUCUUGUAACAAUGCUCAAAAUGUUUGUGUAGCUGUGGAACUCUCUUAGUGCAUAUCAAAAUAAGUUACGAUAUAUUCUGGAAUGCUUAAUUAUAGUGUUUUUUCCAUUCAUUUCCUUUAUCUGGCGGUAAUUGAUUGAAAGUUGGAAAGGUCAGUUAUGCUUUAACGAUUGUUAACUAGUCAUUUGUUCUACAAUUAGGUUUAGCGAUUAGUUUAGUAUGUAGUUUAUCUAUCUGUUAGUGAUCUUGUACAUUCUUGUAAAUAUUUAUAUACUUUUCACAAGAACUGCAAAACAAUCUUUUAAAUGUUUUAGAUAUAAGACAGAUAAAAACAAUGAAUGCUUUGUUGAUUGGUUGUAUAUUCUAUUAGUGUAUUUAUAAUACUAUAAUAAUAUAAUAAUAAGUGUACCCUUACUAAGUAUAAUUAGUAUCCCACGUUAAGUUUAUUUUCGUUUUUUACGUUAAUUUGAUUAAUAUAACAUUGCUGUUCUUUUAUGAAUGUUUGGUAACAAUAAAUUAAAUUGAGAAUUAAAA